AUGGAUGGCGGGAGAGUUGGUGCUAAGUUACAUGCAACUCAAGGUGUGAAAGCCAGAUUGAGCUGGCUUCGAGACAUCUACGCUGAGCACUGUGAGCAGCAGCAGUGGGAGUACGCUACUCGGGCAUACUUGUUGCAUCUAGUUGGAUGCAGUAUAUUUGCUUAUAAGACUGUCACAUCCAUUCGCGUGUUUUAUCUUUUGCUCUUUAGAGACGUACACACAUGUGACCGAUAUGCCUGGGGCGUUGCUGCACUAGCAUACAUGUAUGACCAGCUAGGAGAUGCCAGCUUGGCUUCGACCAGAGUUGGAUAUAUGAUUACUUCCCUACAUUGGGAAGAAGGCGUAUGGUGUCUUCGUACAUGGAAGACAGACCGCGUGCUGUAA